AUGGGUGCAGAUGGGAACAUAGGAGUAGGGUAUCAGGAUCUUGAUAUCAGUGCUAAAUGUUCACUAUCUGAUGGAUAUCUCAUGCAAGGUUGGGCAUUUAAACAUGGAAUGGAAGCAGAUAGGUGGUGGAUACCUAUUCAAAAGCAGCAGAUGACAGAGGGGGAAAGGUUAUUAUUGUUGAGGACAUGGCUUCGGAAAGGGAGGAUAGCCAGCUGGGAUAAGGUGGUCAUUGCAUUCAGAGAUAAGAAAUUGUGCAAAAGAGUGUACGGCCGGCGGGGCCGGUCCGGUUUGGUCCGUUCAGACCGCGAUCGUGCGCGGUUUUUCUGGCGUCCGGCCGCCGAUCGCGAUCGGCUGAGAAGAGUUGAGAGAGUGGUGGACUUCUGA